AUGAUUUCUGGAAUCGCCCACAUCAAUCUCACCAUCCCUCAGGGCACAUUAGACCAAGCCGAGGAGUUCUACGGGACUACCCUCGGACUCACUUCGGCGCCGGUACCGGAGCUCCAGAAGGGGACAAUCUUAUGGUUCAAUAUCGGCUCCAGUGGACAGCAAGUGCAUAUUACCCAUGGUGCGACCGAUCCCCAAGCUAGCCGGCACCCAUGCUUCAAACUGCCUUCCCGUGAGGAACUAGAAGAGAUUAAGACAAGCAUUUAUAACCAUCACGUGCGGGGUGGUCCUGCAGCCCCAAUGGCUGCCGAUAAGCCUGGCGAGGCGAACUCAGGGACCCAAGGGAAAGAAUAUCCUACACGGUUCUUCGCUCGGGAUUUUGGCGGAAACUUGCUUGAGUUUACUAUGUAA